CAGCCGUGGGCUGGGCCCCUCUCAUCCAGCACCCCUCUGCCCCCAGGACAAAGGUGCAGGAGGAGGGACCUGUCACCCAGGGCCCUGGGGAGCUGUCCCCUCUGCUCCCCGUCCUGCCAGGGCCCCCCACAGGCAGCCAUGCAGCCCCUGCUGUGGGUGGCAGCCUGGCUGCUCCUGCUCCACGGCCGUGCCACCGGCCACCACCCACAGGCCAGGACCGACAUCAGGGACUGCUCCGUGGACCCACCGUACCUGCCCCCCACGGCCACGGACACAACGGGGCGGCUGGCUGCUCUGCGGGACACCAUGCGAGACCGUGGCCUCCAAGCCUACAUCGUCCCCUCCACAGACGCCCACAUGAGUGAGUACAUCACCCAACGGGACGCACGGCUCCGCUGGAUCACCGGCUUCACCGGCUCCGCAGGCACCGCUGUGGUGACACAGGACAAGGCUGCGCUGUGGACCGACAGCCGGUACUGGAGGCAGGCGGAGCGGCAACUGGACUGCAACUGGGAGCUGCAGAGGACGACCUGGAUAGAGUCCAUCGGGCUGUGGAUCCUGCGGGAGGUUCCUGCAGGGGGGAACAUCGGCCUGGACCCUUUUCUCUUCUCCAUAGGCGCCUGGAACAGCUACAGCCGGGUGCUGCAGGGCUCCAGCAGGACCCUGCUCCCCAUCCAGACCAACCUUGUGGAUCAAGUGUGGGGUGACCAGAGACCACCCGCGGCCUCCGGACAGAUCUACAGCCUCCCAGCAGCCUUCACUGGGAGCAGCUGGCAGGAGAAGGUGAAGGGGAUCCGGAGUCAGAUGGAGCAGCAUGUGAGGCACCCCACGGCUGUGCUGCUGGCAGGGCUGGAGGAGACUGCCUGGCUCUUCAACCUCCGUGGGGACGACAUCCCCUACAACCCCGUCUUCUACUCCUACACCCUCCUGACCAACACCACCAUAAGCCUAUUCGUGGAGGAGUGGCGGCUGUCACCAGAGGCACGGCAGUCCCUGCGGGCACAGUGCCCAGGGACACUCUGCGUGGAGCUGCUGUCCUACAGGCAGGCACCAGCCCACCUGGGCCUCUACAUCCAGGGCAACGUCACCGUCUGGCUGGGCACCGAGUACACUACUUACGGGCUCUACAGCAUCAUCCCCCAGGAGAAGCUGCUGGAGGACAGCUACUCACCCGUCAUGUUGGCCAAGGCUGUGAAGAACAAGAAGGAGCAGGAGCUGCUGCGUGCUGCUCAUGUUCGGGAUGCGGUGGCUGUCAUCCAGUACCUGCUGUGGCUGGAGAAGGUGGUCCCACAGGGGCAGGUGGAUGAGUUCUCAGGAGCCCAGCACAUCGAUGCCCUGCGCCAGGCCCAGGAACACAGCCGUGGGCCCAGUUUCCAGUCCAUCUCAGCCAGCGGACCCAACGCGGCACUUGCCCACUACAGCCCCUCCAACGGGAGCAGCCGGAUGCUGUCUGUGGAUGAGAUGUACCUCCUGGACACCGGGGGACAAUACCUGGACGGGACAACGGACAUAACCCGGACAGUGCACUGGGGUGUCCCCACCCCGCUCCAGAAGGAAGCCUACACCCGUGUGCUGAUGGGCAACAUCGACCUGGCCCGCCUCAUCUUCCCACCCAACACAGCAGGGAGAGCAGUGGAGUCCUUCGCCCGACGGGCACUCUGGGACGUGGGACUCAACUACGGCCAUGGGACCGGCCACGGCAUCGGCAACUUCCUCUCAGUCCACGAGUGGCCCGUGGGCUUCCAGUCCAGCAAUGUGCCACUGACAGCCGGGAUGUUCACCUCCAUUGAGCCCGGGUACUACCGGGAUGGAGAGUUCGGGAUCCGCAUUGAGGACAUCGCCCUCGUGGUGGAGGCACAGACCAAGCACCAGAGCAGGGAGGAACCUUUCAUGACCUUCGAGGUGGUGUCCCUGGUGCCCUAUGACCGCAACCUCAUCGACCUCAACCUGCUGUCACCAGAGCAGAUCCGGUACCUGAACUCGUACUACGAGACCAUCCGAGCACGCGUGGGGCCGGAGCUGCUGCGGCAGCAUCUGGAGGAGGAGCACAGAUGGCUGCAGAGGAGCACCCAGCCCUUCCCUGUGCCCAGCACUGCCACUGCCACCACUGCCACCAUUGCCACGCUGGCCAUCGCCACCCUUCUGGCCAUGCUGCCCCUCAGGCUGCUGGCCUGAGCCCUCGCCAGCCCCUCCCUGCCCUCCGGUUCUUCCUCCCGCUGCUCACUUCCCUUUUUUUCUGUGUUUUCUGUUUGCUCGUUUCUGAUUAAACGCGAGCAUGGCCGGGGGGCUGUGCUGCAUUCCCGCUGUGCUCUCA